CCCCGAGGACAAUUCCUGGGUCAAGAAUCUAUUGCUGGGAUCUCUGUAUGCCUGGUAUCUAUCUUCAACAUGUUGGAAAUGGCCAAAGCGAGAUAGCAUCCAUGUAGAAAGCGAAGCAACACUUCGAAUCCGUAUUAGUAUUAUGGAGAAUACCAACUCGAGACCAACAAUUCAGAUCUCUACAUGGACUCAGAAGAGGUUCAAAAAUCUAUGAAUGAACAGCUGUUUUUCCUUCUUGAAAUCACUCCUCAAGCAUCAGCAGUUCCCUCUUAUUCCAUUCCAUUUUCACUCCUCUUAGAUUCAGUUUCCACUUCUUUCUAUUCUUGUCAGCCCCACUUAUAUAUCCAUUCGUAUUUUGAAAUCCCAGAAUGGCACCAGAAGCAGGAUCAAGCAAAAUCGACGUCACAAUUGCCCAAAAGAGCACACGAACCCCCUCUCUUGAAUUGGAGAUCAACAGACAUGUUGAAAACGGCAGACUUGGAAGACGAGCGGUUGACGCUGCCUUCAUCAAACCAGUUCCGCAUGUGUACAUUUCUCUGUAGCUCAUCUCAAGAUUGUGGCUGAUAAGAUAGUAGAGUUUCCGGAGACACCUGGCACACCACUCAAGGCGAUCCAAGAGAACACAUUACUGUCGAGUUUUCGAAAGACGGAAAACACGUUACUACCCACCAUGUCUAUAGAAUCAGUUGAGAAAAGUCUCAGCUGUCUAUAUGCUAUAUGGUUUCACUGAGAAAUACCUCAGGUGCGUUGCCUUCAGGAGUUUGACUUCAUUGCCCAAUCGCUAACAAGAACUUCUAGUUUUAACCAUGUGUUUUUUUGGUUAUAAGUCAUACGUCAGUCAUCAUUUCGAUGUGUAGAAUGCUUGUUAGGCAUAAGAAGUGGGUUGGAUUUUAGUUUCAGAAAGUAUCUCAGGUAGACUUUAUCGCAGUCAGAAUCCAAACCAUUUAUCAAUAUAA